AUGUUGUCAAGCAAUGCUGGGUCUCGAUUGUUUGGUGACGAAGAUCCUUUUAUCAUAGUGAAUUCAGAUGAGCAUGUUACUGUUACUGCCGCCCCUCAUAAGAAAAAGAAGAAAAGGAUCGUAAAGGUGGGCGAUAGGGCAAAAUCCAAGAAGGCCAAGACGGAUGUGCCCUUGAAGGAAACCGCACAGCCGAGCGUCGAGACGGUGCCCCUUGUCACCGAGUCCAUUCAGAAAGCUGUGCCGGAAGCAGGGCCAAGCAUAGUUCCUCCUGUGGUCGAGAAAGGGAAGGGCCCUCUCGAGGGGGAGGCCAUAGUCCUGCCUCCUCAACUGUUCGAGGGAGGCCAGUCUAUGGCAGUUCACACCUUCAGCAACCCGCCGUCAAUCGAGUGUCCUAUUCUCAAGGAAUUUGCUGCCCAGCUGAAUGAAGCUGACAGCCUGAGACUGCUAGGGCAGAAAGGGACGAGGCGUUAUUCAAGAUGGUUAUCCUCGAGGAGAAGGCUCGCCAAGGAGGCUGAAAUUAUCGAGGUGCAGGCCAAAUAUGAUGAGCUUGACGAGAAGAUGAAGUCGUUUGCCAGCCUGCAUAUUUCCAAGGAGGAACUUCACCAGUGGUGUACCGUCUUUAUGUAUAGAAUGAUGUCCACAGGGGGAAUGGCUGCAGCCCUCGAGGAGAUGAACUUGGUUGUGACCAAGUGUGGUGCGUACCGAGUGGGCGUGGCAGGGUUGAAGAGGCUCGACCAGGAUAGGCCAAUUAAGGCUAAAUGGUUCAAGCAGCUCCUGAUGAAGGACCCAAAGAAAACCAUGCACGAAGCCAUGGUGAAGGUCUUGACAAGGUUGAGCCUCGAGCAGCUUCCUCUGUGGGGAGCUUUGACCGGUGCCAUGUCCAAAAUGAGUUCCCCUGCGCAGAUUGCCUCGUUUCCGGGCAACGUUCCUGCUGUCCUGGCCAAGGGUCCAAGUGAGGAAGACCCUAUGCCCGAGGUACCUGACGAGUAUAUGGGUAUCGAACUUGAGGACACUGAUGAGGAAACCGAGGAGGACGUUGCUGAUACCAGCCACUCUGGAGUUCAGAGAACCGUCGAGGAUGCCUCCCAGGCCCCUUCCAAUGACCCCCUCCAAGGCAGUGAUGCUAUUUAUGCAAACAUCUCUUUCCUUUCCAUUUCUUUGUCCUCUGUGUUCUUUCUAUUUGGUUUGAUGCUCGAGAUGGUGGCGCAUUUGGAGAAUGACCUGCUCGAUGCCAUGAGGAUGCACAAUGUGAAGGUUACAGAGCAUCUGAUAAAUGAGAUUAAAGGACUCCGCGAGGAGAUGCAGCGUCGAGAGGUUCAAAGCCUGAAAGACCACAGUGAUUCUCUGACUUUCGAGGCCGAGAUCCAUGACGAGCUAGUGACCUUGGAGAAGGAAAAUGCUCGGCUUAUGGCAAGACAGCAGAUUACUGUCUCCCUGGUUUCUCGAGAAGCACCAGGUGUUAGCCCGAGUCCAGCACAUGAUUAUGGUCAGGACUCGCUUAUCGACUUUGAGGCUUUCGAGCAUCCGGAGGAAACAGUGGAUCCUCAAACUCGGAGUUCUCGAGAGGAGCUGUUGAUAAGGGUGCACGCUCAGGGCACAGAGAUCGUGGACCUUAAGGAAAAAUUGAAUCAGUGUGUGAAUCUCCUUAGCCUGCAUGGGUAUGAGGGGAUUAUUCAUCCCUCCCCCGACAAUCCUGUCAGGGAGGCCGGAUGUAGAGUACACGGCUCUAUCAUAGGAAUUGGGUACGAAUUCCUUGACUUGACACUGCGUUUCGCAAUGUGCGUGAGGAAAGUUCCUCGAGUUUCUGUCCGGAUGUUGAGUACAUGGCUCUUGAACGAGGAUGGCCCUAAAGAGGGAGUCCAUCUCGAUGACUAG